UCUACUUAUAUUAAAAAAGGAACAAAACAAGGAAAAAACAAUGUUUAUUCUUGCGAGUUUUUCUGAAUAAGAUAAGAUUUGUUACAUUUUAGUUUCUUAUCCUAGUUAUUGACAUAUCACAAAAUUAUCGAGUCGGUUAUAUUCGUAGUUUUUAUUUGUUGCAGGUAGUGUAUGGAUACUAUGUAACUUGUAAACAAACAAUCCAUAUAUUUAAAUGCUAAACCAACUAAGAAAAUGAUAAACUUUCAAAAUAAACUUAAAUCGUGGUCUAUUUAUUAAAAAUUCAAGGUUACAUGAUACUUGCUGAAGUUUGUCUAAAAAUGUUUAAACUAACUUUAGCAUAUCACUAAUAUCAAUUAGUGGGCGUUUACUGAUAUUUUCGAAAAGUGUUUCUUAGUCAUUCCUUUAUUUUGUGUUAUUUCAAAAGCUGUUUCUAGAGAAUUUCACAAAUAACUUUAAAAAAUAUAAAAUCUAGCUAAAAUGUUCAACCUAAAUCGAGUACAACAAGUAUCUCUUCUUCUAUAUAGUAUAUCCAAAGGACUUUUUUGCCUGUAAUUUAUGUAACUCAAUGGUACAACAAGUUACAGCUAACAAUCAGUUGGAAGACACAUUGGCUGGACUCGAGACGCAGCUCUUAGAAUAAUGGGCAAUUCCUCGACAUCACCAGAUUCGGAUUGUCAAGACAACCUGUGAUAUUCCAAUACGUUUUCAAAAUAUAAUAAUACAUUGCAAUGUACAUUUUUCAUUGUCCACAGAAGAUAUAGACGCUUAUGGUGCAGAGUGGAAGAAGGUUUUUUUACCAAGAUGUUGUGUUUUCAGGAUAUACUCGGCUAUAUACAUUUCCUGAACAAAACAGUUCUCUCAGUAUAGUUACAGAAUCUGAUAAAAUAUUUCAUGGGGGAGGUUAUAUUGCUGAACUGAAACGAAAACGAAGAGAAUCUGAAGACACAGUUUACAAUCUCCUUGAUUCUGGCUGGCUGGAUGCAAGAAUUAAGAUACAAAGAGGACUUGACGUUGAACUGGAAGACGACCUGAAGGUCACACUAUCGGACUUAGCGGUAUUAGUUCAAAGGAUAGCAAUAAGUAACCAGAUACUCUGUGAAAGCUUCAAAUUUAACGACGAACAGAGAUCACAAUUUAAUUACUUGUUGGAAAAGUGUAACAAUAUGAUAUCGGAUUUAAAGAAAAUCCUGUAGUCUUUAUAAUUAUCUAUUGAUAUGUUUGGUAUAUUUUGUGAAAUAAAAUAUAGUUUUUAUUAAUGAAAUUUGGUGCGCUCAACCAGUUACGUAUUAUUACGAAAAAUGCCAGGCUAUUUUUGAAUGUUUGCAUUAAUUAUACAUUACCUUAGGUCAGUUUGUUUUAGAGAUAUUGUAUGGACAGAAAGACAAACAUACAAACAGAAAUGAAGAUUUUCCAGCCCCUUGAGUGUCAGGUUUCGGUAACGCUUAGCCUAUUAUAAUGUUUGUAGCUCUCACUACAACAAUUAAUAAUAAGUUACUAAAUAUCUUUAGUAAUUUUUAAAACUCAAGACUUGUAAUUCUUAUGUUCACAUACAUUUUUAAUCUAAUGUGUUCUAUAUGCUCUUUAACUCUCCAAAAUGUUCUUUAUCAUUCCAUGCUUCACAUUAUUCAUAAGGAUGUGUCUAAUAUGUGUUUAUGUGGUGAUAUCACAAAUCGAAGCUCCAAAUCUAUCAAACACAAGUAUUUUUUUAUAUUAAAGAGCGUACAUGCAUUUGAUUUAUUACAAAAUUGACAUUUUUAUUCUUAUAGUUAGGAAAGUCCUAUUUAAAACUACAUAAAACAAUUUGCAUUACAGGAAUUGUACUUUGUAUGAGAGGGAAAUAUUGUAUAGCUGGAUAUUAGAAUAUUUCUUGGAAUCAUUUCGAGUAUUUUACACUAAAGCAUACAUGUAUGUAAUAUGUAUAAUAAAAAUUACUUUUUUAAAUAUA